CGCCCCCACGGGGAAACAGGGAGGGGAGAGGACUGGAGAGGUGGGGAUCCUGGGGUGGUGGCGGUCCGGAGUCUAGGAGACGGGGCGUGACGGGGCCGGAAGGUGGCGGGAGGGGGCCGAGCCGGAGCUGGCGGGAGGGCCAGGCCCGGAGGCCCCCACCCUGGCUUGGCCGCCCCGGCCGCGGCUGAGGAGGAAGAGGAGGAUGAUCUCCAGAUACACACGGAAGGCGGUGCCUCAGAACUUGGAGCUGAAAGGAAUAACAAAACAUGCUCUUAAUCAUCAUCCCCUUCCAGAGCAGCUGGAUGAAAUUUCCUCUACCAAUGACAGCCAUGAAAAAGAUACAAGUUCCCAAAGUGAGUCUGACAUCACACAAGAAUCACCUUUUACAUCAGCUGACACUGGGAAUUCAAGGUCUGCUUUUCCAAGUUACACAGGCACAGGGAUCUCUACUGAAGGGAGCUCGGACUUCUCCUGGGGAUAUGGUGAACUUGAUCAAAAUGCCACUGAAAAAGUACAGGCAAUGUUCACAGCCAUUGAUGAACUCUUGUAUGAGCAGAAGUUGAGUGUACAUACUAAGAGUCUACAAGAAGAGUGCCAACAGUGGACAUGUAGCUUUCCUCACCUCAGGAUUCUGGGUAGGCAGAUAAUCACUCCAAGUGAAGGUUAUAGGCUGUAUCCUAGAUCCCCUUCUGCUGUUUCAGCUUCACAUGAGGCAACGCUAUCUCAAGAAAGAGAUUCUACAAUAUUUGGUAUUAGGGGAAAGAAGUUACAUUUUUCAUCUUCUUAUGCUCCCAAAGGGUCUUCCAUUGCCAAAUCCCCUAGCUUGUGUUCCACGGAAAGAGAAGAGGAAGACUGUAUAAUUUUUUCUGAAGGAGUAAUAGAGGAAUAUCUAGCAUUUGAUCACACAGAUAUGGAAGAGGGGUUUCAUGGAAAAAAAUCAGAAGCAACUACAGAGAAACAGAAAUUAGGGUACCCACCCAUUGCUCCAUUUUACUGCAUGAAAGAAGAUGUCCUUGCUUAUGUGUUUGAUGAUGUGUGGAGCAAGGUCCUAAGCUGUAUGGAGCAGCUAACACGUAGUCAUUGGGAGGGAUGUGCUUCUGAUGAUGAGAGUAACACUGCAAUUACCAGACCAGCUUCAGAAAGCCCCUUUGUGCUGAGUGAACCACAACCUUUGGUCUUACCUCGAGUGCCACAGUCUAAGGUGCUGUCCAUCACCUCAAAUCCGAUGAGUCUCUGUCAGGCAGCAAGUGGUCACCCGCCAAAUGUGAAUGGUCUCUUGGUUCAUGGGAUGCCUCUACAGCCAAGAAAUCUCUCCCUAAUGGACAAGCUCCUCCCAGUGGUGGUCGAUUCACUCUCCUCUCCCUCACCACUGCCUCUGAGUCGAAAUAAUCUGCUGCCACCUAUUGGCACAGCUGAAGCGGAACACUUGAGCACCGUGGGGCCACAAAGGCAAAUGAAAACUCAUGGCGAUUCCAGUCGAGCUCGAAGUGCAGUGGUGGAUGAGCCUAACCAUCAGCAGCCCCAGGAGAAGCUCCUUUUACCUGACUUUUUCUCCAGGCCCAACACAACUCAAUCAUUUUUGCCAGAUACACGAUAUCAUCGUUCAUUUGCUGCUGAGUAUCCUCAACAGGCCAGAUCUGGUAGGGGAUCUGCUGGGACAGGUCCUCAGUUACACGGGUCUACAAAAUCUCAAAACAGAGGUGGACCAAUCUCUAGAACCAGGCAGGGACCAUAGGGCAGAUGAGACGAAACUGCUUCAGGCUGCAGGGAACACAUGGGAAGGUUUCACAAAUCAGUGUUGAGUCAACUAAUGAUACAGAGCUUGUACACAAGAGACAACCUGAAAGCAUCUUCAUGAAGAGUUAUUUUGGUACAACUGACUGAGAGCAGUAUCAGCCAAAGAUUACAUAGGUACUGUUUCCAUCUCCAAUUACUUCUUUCUGCAUAAGUUAACCAUUCCACUGGACACAUAAGUUUGUACCCAAAGAUGUAACAAAUGAAUAAUUUCCUCCAAAUCACUGCUCAUGUUGUCUGUUAAUGAUCAGUUCAAUUACUAAAGGAUUCUGUCAGACUGUACACACACAGAAAGUAGCAAAUUAUUUGAUAACAUUAAGUUAUCACUGGCUUUGGAAUACUUCUGCUUGUGUUUAAUUUCUAGAGAAGUGUACUCAAUUUUAAGUCAUUUUUAGGAGAUAGUGCCACCAAAAAUCUGAACUGUUCAUCAUACAGAUGUCAUCCCUAAAGCUUUCUUUUUAGACAUCUAGUCCCACAGGCAGAAAGAUGUAUAUGGCAGGAUAAGUAAGUAAAGACAUAAACGUUGAGCACUUGAUGUAAAGUAACAAAUCAGUGCAUUUUUUUGUUUGUUUAUUUUAGGAUAGGACAGUUCAACCUCACGAUGCCUGCUUGACAUCACAUGUUAUGCUUCUUCUUAAAGUACUUUAGUGGUCCUAUUUUUCCUAUAUAUUAAACUCAUCUUGCCAGAUUUUUCUCCUACAUGUCUAAGAAAGGCAAUUAAAAAAUUUAUAGAAUCUUUCUGUUAGUGAGCCAGCAAGACACAAUUCCUUGAAAUUUCAGAAACCCUGGAAAUUAGUCCAGUAUAAACGUAUCCUAAGACCAAAGAGAAAUUUGACAUUCUUUUGAUUUUUAAUAUGGACCUUUCCUGAGUGUACUCCUGAAUGCAGCAGUGUUUUUAACUAUGGCUUAAAUUUAUUUUAAUUUCACUAAAUUUUAAUUUUGAUGGUCAUACUGAUUUUAGAUCUUACUGUUUAUCUUCAGAGUUGAUAAACUGACAUGAUCAUUUUUUAUUAUAUUAAUGUGUUUUAAUGCUAUCAUAUGAAGACAGAUGCUUCAAACAACCUGCAUUAAAUUAUACUUUUAUUUUAACCUGUUUAUAAUCACAAACUGAAAAUGUGCCAUGUGCUUACCUCAGAUAAAUUAUGAUACAUGAAUCUCAGUAACAGGUUUGUUUUACACAUAUGGUAUCGAAUAUAUUAGCAUAUAAGAGAUUUCAAGUUAAACAGUCUCUGAAAUUUUUCCAUAUAUUCUAAUGAAUUCUUAUCAGCUCAUCUAAAUUUAAGUCAAAAAUCUCUGUAUUAUUCUCACAAACCAAUACCAUGAGUAUGUGCUAACAAACCACUCGAUCAAGAUGGUUUGCUUUUCAAGGUUAAAGAGUCAGAAAGAGGCUUCAACAAGUCAUUUAGCCCAGCUUCCUUACCCUUUUAUAGAUGAGGAAACAAGUUCAGACAAACUCAGUAGUGACCUAAGGACAUUCAGCAGUUAUCGCCAGGACUACAACAUCUCUUUAUGCUACUCAAACAAGGGAUCUACUACAAUCUGACUAGGACUACUUUUCUUCUCUGUUUGGCCAGCAUGCAGCAGCUUGAUGAGGGACCGCAGUCCCCAGACCAGACCAGGAAUUGAACCUAGGCUAUAGCAGUGAAAGUGCCUAGUCGUAACCACUAGACCACUGACCAGAGAACUACCUCUUCUCUCCUUUAUCCUAAGCACCAUUCAUGUUUUUUUCUGGAUAUCUUUUAAAUGAUCAUACUGGGAUCAUUUAAAAAGCUCCCCCAGAACUUAACAGUCAUUUUUUACUUGUUUAUUUAAUCAUUUAUAAGUCUUACAAAGAUGCUUGAAGUAAUGUGAAUAACCCGUUUCUCCCAGAUAUGUCAAGCCGAGUAUAAAACUUGGUUGAGAAAAACAGAGAGUCUAUGCGAGAUAAGGCUAAAGCAAACUGGCAAGGACUUGGAAGACAGAUAUCCAGCAACCAUACUGAAGGCCUGACAGCUAAGAGAUUACCUGUUCUAAUAAAUACACAUCACUCAGUACUCUGCAGCUCACUCCCAUGUGGUAAAAUGAUAAGUGCUGAAGGUGGGAGGCAUUCUGGAUAAUGCCUUGUACAGAAGACCCAUAGAAAAGUACUGUCAGGAAGUACACCACCCUCCUGUUCCCUCAUGAUCACCACCAAAUUCUUUCAUACAAAGACCUACCAGAAUUACAGGGUAUUUCUAGGAUAUUCUGAGAUCAGUUUGAGAGGAUUCCGCUUGGUUUAUGUAGUCAAUCUGAAUAAUUCAGGCCUGAAA